UGCACGCGUUCAAAGUUUUAGUAUUUUUAAUGCGCGUUAAUAGCCUUUUCUAAGGCGUAGAGCGGAAUCUUAAAAAUUAUCCUUCAAAUCCUCGGAUUUACUAAACGAAUUAUGUAAACUUUGAUACCCAAACAGAACUUUUUAUUGCAUAUACAGUAUUAUAUACUAUAUAAUAACUUUUUAACGAAACCUCGAUCAACAAAUCUCUAGAAUCUCCUACUCAAAUUUUUUCCCACUUGAACCGAACCAGAACCGAUAUAUGCUAGAACCUUCAACAGUUAUCAUUUCAAUUUCCAUAACUGUUACGAGAAUUGAAACUAAUAGCAAUUUUGAAGCCUCAUGCGAUAUCUAUGCCUCAAGGUGAACUUUUGCGUGGCUAGCUGUGAUUAGCAAGUGUAUGUAGCAAAUUCGAAAUCGUCGAGAAAUUCGUCAUGUGCGAUGGAUCGACGAAGAUCGAGUCGGCUGGUAGUAUCGGCCACGAAAUGUAGAACAGCGAUCCCGUUCUUGUUGGUCGCGUUUUGGAAAGCAUGGCUGGGCCGCGCCCGAUCAUAGACGAUGCACUCGUAUUUAACGGGGCGACGGCACCGGUGAACGCCGACCGAUGAAAGUGUCGAUUUCCCCCUAAACAAAAAUACGCGUCGGACGGCCCGUGCCCGGCUGUCCGUUUCGCGUCUGCACGCCAGACGUCCCGGUGCCCGCGCCCAUCGUAUCCCAUCGUCGCGGUAAUUCCAGCGGCCGCGAUCUCUUUCCAGGGCCACCGGACGCCGGUGGGAGGCGGCCCGUCCGCGCGUCGGGCCUCGAUUAUGCUCUUUUUAUCUUGUAUAAAAGAGAAGAGGCCUGCACGGACCUCCCGCAAUUUAUCUGCACCCGCUGGAGCACACGGACCACGCGGACACGAACCGCCCACGCACCCUGAGCCAAGGAUUUACCCCGAGGGUUCGCGUUUGGCUGACGUUGCUCACAGAACUCGACAUGCGGUGGUCGGUGAGUGUUGUUCAACGAUCAGUGUCUUCAAAAUUACUUCCAGGGACCAAUAACAAUUUCUCGAAAAAAUUUGGACGAAAUGAAUCGUUAAAAAUGUAUACGAACACUUCUUAACAGUAGACUUAUUUGAUAAUAUAGGAAGGGCAUGAAUAAAUUGUGAUUUUUUAAUGGCAUUGUGUACUUGAAAGAUCCAUUUGCUUAAAACGUGAACGAGAUAGCAACGAUUGUAGUCGUCUUCAUGGUUUGUCUUGCACAUAUAUACUUACGAAUAUUUUUUAUAUUGAUUAUAAAGUUUUAUUUUCGUUUCCCAAUAGGUUCAAAAUCUCACGAAAAAUCGUCUCUAUCCUUAAACUGCGCAACUAAUCUUUAAUUAAUCUUCACAGGUAUUCUGCAUUCUGGUGCUGGCGAUCAGCGAGCCACUGUUCGUCUACGCGUAAGUAUACAAAUCUUAAACUCGAUACGUGUUGACUGUCACGAUAUGCAUGCAAAUAAAUAAUUAUCUAACAAACUUUGAAAAAUUGAUUCGUUGGCAUUUUCUGAAUUUUUAUGCCACGAUUAUUUAACACGUUGACUGCCAGUCAAAAAUCCUAAAAUUGUUUACGAGACCAAUACUUUGAUUUUAGGCAAUUGUAAACUACACAAUUUAAAAGUUGUCGUAGUAGUUACUUUUGUGACCACAUUAAAAUUUACGAAGCUUAUUAAAAUUAAUUUUCCUUAACAUUUCAACUUGAGAAUUAAUUGUUUUAGUUCCACUGUUAAAAGUUCUGUCACCCAUAUAUGGGUGACGUGGCAGUCAAAGUGUUAAUGAAUCUGUGGGAGGUAAGCAGCUCAUAUAAUCAGGGUAGAUUCAUAUAUAAUGACCCCACUUAAUAUUCACAUUACAUACAAACUAUCGUUCGUACAAUUCAAAUGAAUUUGACCAUGCAUUUACUAUAUAAUCGCGAGCCAUUUUCCCACGAUGCAAAGUAUUUGACGCAAGGAAUUGAUAUUGUUUUCAGCGCCAAGGUGGUGGUAAUGGUCCCAAAGCAAAUAAAACGAAGUCCAGGGCCUCCAUGGCGAUCCGGGACCCCGCGAUACAGAAAAUCGUCCCACGGAAACGACUACCAUCACAGAUAUCACGGACCCCCGGGUCACUAUCAGCCUAGGAAGCCAGCGUACGCGAAUCCCCCGUUUCCCCAUGGAGGCGACGACUUCGACCAGGGUCACGAAACAGUGAACCACGUGCACAUACCGCACGGGAAAGAUGUCAGCCACGCGAUAUCCUACGGCAAAGGAUACGUCCCUUACGAUCACUUGAAAGGCAGCUUCUCGUUUGGCCGUGAAAGGCAUCCAGGUUCUCACGAGCACGUGCACUCCGAGCCAUUGUACUCAUCGAGCAUGUACUCAGCCACGGGAGCGGAGUAUCCUUUGCCAGGACAUUCGUACGAGUCCUCACACGCGGAAAUGUACUACUCCGACCCGGAGAGCGCCGUCAACGAGAGACGAAACGACGGGCAACGGUUCUACUCGUCCAGGUCCCUCGAGAAGGACCUGUCGACGAACAAUCACAUCGACUUCAACGUCGCCUUCGGGCAGGGCAAAGAGCAACUGCUCCAUUUACCUCAAAAACCCACAGACUUUUACAAUGGUUUGUCGCUCCAGCAACAACACCAAACGCAAGGGAGUGUUUUGUGGCCGUCGAAGAUCCCGCCAGCUACCAUUGGCGGUAGCAAAGAGGGCGUCGUUCUGAGGGACAGCGUGUCCCUGGACGAGUACCACCAGAAGCUCCAGGAGAUGACCAAGAUGUGGCCACAGAUCCUGACGAGCGGAGGGACCGCUUUGACCGGCGGCUACCAGAGCCAGCUGGUGACAAGCAACUUCCCAGCGGCCGGUCAACCGAUUUCCAGUUUCUCUGGGUCCAUCAACUGGCCGCUGAACGUCGCGCAGGCGAAGCAAGGCUACGCGGUGAAAGAGGACACCAUGGAGCCCCCUCACGACUUCAGAACCAUGCCCAUUCGGACCAACCUGUUCCAGGCGUACCAGCCGCCGACGAACCCGCUCCUCCCGUCCUUGUCACAGACGGUCCACGGGUAGCGUUCGGGGAUUAGGCUAAAACGGGGAUGGGGAACCUCCAGACUGUGGGAAUUUUUCGGGUGUUAUUGGAUAUUUUGUUUUUUAUGCGAUUACUUGCGAAUGAGGGUCGAAUCUAGUUGAUUGGGGGUCGUUCUUUGAGUGUUACGAUUAGACUGUGGAUGUUUAUGCAAAUUCGUAUUCUUAUUAAUUGGAAUGGGAGCUUCGUAGAGGGUUGUCUCAACCAAUAAAUAUAAUAAUUCGUAUCUUUAAAUAUUUUUUAUAUUAAGUACAUUCUGCAGCUUUUUAAGAAUUAAAAUUUCCCAUGAAUGCAUAAGCAUCCACAGUCUAAUUAUGAUAUUUAAGAAAGAUAUAUUUAAUCUCUAUAUAAAUGAAUAAUAUUAAUAGGCAAGAUAGAAAGAAAUUUAAAAUCAUGCUGAAGAAGUUUCAAAAAUAUAGACCCCCAUGACCCUGGGGAGGUCACUAGAUUCGCCCCUGAUCACAGGGUCGUAAUUGGGCUGGGACUGUUCGAGUAAUUUGAUGGACGAAUAUUUUAUGAGUCUUCGAAUGAUACGAAUGAACUUGGAAUAUUUGACCAUUCGAUGUUCGAAUAUGGAAACACUGGUAUAUUUGUUACUGAUCGAUGAAAAUGUUUGGAUAUUUUGUAAGCAUUGCAAUAACGCUGAUAUUGAUAUCAGAACUCGAAAAUACUCUAAUAAUCUAUUUAUAUACAUACACAAAUCCUGAGACUACUUAUAUAGUACGAAUAUCCAGAUAGAUAUAUAAAAUAUUCGAAUGGUCAAGUAUUGGAAUUACAUUAUUCAUUAUUAUUUAUAAUGUGACGAUUAUGUCUAGCGAAUUAAUUCUAUUGGAUGGUGGACAAUGAUGGUGGAUGAAUGUCAGAAGUUAUUUAAUUCACUAAUUGUCUUUCCAGCUCUGCACAGAGGGUCGACUCUGCAACCUUAUGAGGAAUCUGCGAAGUGACCAUGCAACUUUUGAAUUCUGAAUGGUUCCCCACCCCUCGUGUUAGAUACUUUAUGGAUGACAUGCAUGGAGGACGGCUGAGGACUCCAUGCGCAAUUAGGUUACAGCUAAGUGUACAAAUCGUGGAAUUUUGGUACGUCGUGGAAUGGGUGUUCGUCAAGUUGGUGUUUUGGGGUUUGGUGGCUCCAAUUUUUGUAGAAGUUUAACUUCGUUAGCUUUGGUAAUACCAGAGUGUCCCGAGAAAUAAAUUUAAAUUAUUUUAUUAAAUAUAGUUUUACAAUAGUUAUACAAUUACGAUAUUACGUUGUUGCCUCGUGAAUUUAUUAGAUUGUCAUUGAAUAAUGGCAUUUGUUUUAUACCAAUUUUAAGCGUGAAAUCUGUUUUCAACCAAGCACUAUGUUUGUAAAGUCAUGUACAUGUGGAUUAUUUAUCGAUUAAGGUGAUCAAUGAGUAAAAGUGAAAUUCGUGUAUAAAUUUAAAUUUGGAUUUAAUUCCUCCACGUCUAUAUCUUGUCGCACUUUUUUAGACAAUUUUGGAUCCGUAUUUAAUCGAUUAAUCAUCUGUGCAUCACUAUACGCCGGAAACAAACCGGUUCAGUAUGAAGUGGCGUUUAAUAAGUUGGAGAGUUCUGGUGAAAGUCAAAACUCGACAGUUGGCACGUUGUCGUUAUGGUUUUUCAGAACUCGAGAGAAAUAGUGCUUUCUUUGAGUUUUUUCAUAAACGACUUGCACACAGUCAAUGUUCAUAUUGAAGACAAAAUUUUGAAACAAUGCUUGGGAUGAUACUUGCGGAAACAAAUUAAUGGUUGAAAUGUUACAAAUAAAAUAAACUCAAAGCAAUUCUUGAAAUUUUUGGAUGCUAAUUUAUCGAAUGAACUUACAAGGCAAAAGUUUCACUUGUAUUUGAACUGUCAUCGUAAUAAUGAUUGCACCUUUUCUAUUGCCCUUGCCACUAGAAUUCUUCGAUGACGCAACGUAGCCUUAAACGCGAAGGAAAGUGUCGAAGAAAUUCUAUUUACUUUGUCGUUUGUAAUGACGCGGGCGAAUGCAACAGACUAUUUGACUCUAUGCAGCCCGAUUAGCAUACCGGUCGUAAUAUGUUCCUCACAUGUCGGUGAAAGUUAUUUUUUGUCUAUUAAUUAAUGACAAGCAGAAAGGUGAGAAAGGCGCUUCUCCUCGUGGAAAGUUACCUUGAAAUUUCCGAUUACAUUUUGCACGGUGAUUUGAUAUCGAUGUUACAUUUAAAUGAUCAUGGUUUUAUUGUUCGUGUAUGUCCUAGAUUUUCUACAUAUGUGUCGAUACACAUUCGAUAGUUCGAGAAAUUCAUUUACAUAUGAUUAAAAUUGCUCUUAUUACUAAUAUUUAUCAGCAGCAAUUAUAUUAAAAAAUAAUUAGUUCUUUUCUGUCAAACAUAGCAACGAUAUAAGAAAAUCACCAGAAAUCGACAAAACAAAGUCAUUAAAGCAGCAUUCCAUUAAAAGUACACGAUACACUCGCUGUGAUUUCUCUCACUGUUACAACUAUGACCUCGUUCGUUAACAUUCGCCCAAUUAAGUCAUCAUCGUACGGAUUUACGUUCACUUCACGAAACCAAUCAUUAUCAUCCAAAUGUUAUAAAUUACAAGAGUUAAAGUCCCUGACCAUUUGACAAAAAUAUUACCGCCUAACAGGAAGCUAUAUUUCAUGUAAACUAAUUUGUACUUUUAUACUUUGCGUGCAAUACAAAAGCUCGUUGGAAAAAAAUUUCCAUCCUAAUCCACAAUUAUGGUCUGCACGAUACAUUGAAUAAUUUUCGUCCGUGCAGCGUGAAAAAUUAAAAUUUACAUACACAUUUGAUUUGCAUAGUCGUAAAACGGGCUUAGAUUGGAAUCUUUUGCACGGUCCGUAUUUUAAUUUUUUUGAUCUAUAAUAUGAUCCUAAUACAUACGUUUCGUAUUUAAAAAUUUGAGAAUUUUCACGUACGAACGUUCGAUUUACGUGGUCGUAAACGGUUUUAAUGGCGGCUAUUGGCUGCACGGUCCAACGAUCAUCGCGGAUAAAGCGAUCAGCUCGAACAAGAACGAAGCAACGAUCGAAUGCCACGGUCGCGGGGAUCACAUCUUCCCCGUUUACUUUCACUCGAAGGUCCGAUGACCGGAUGAACGUUCGAAAGUCGAGAAAGUUGCUCCAUCGCGAGGUCCUCUCGAUCUCUUCGACCCGCCGCCCCCGCCUCGUCUGCCUACAGUCUGAGAAGACACUUUAUAACCUGGAUUCUCGCGGAAGCUGGAUGGUUCACCGUAAGAACAAUGGCAGCGUUCUCUCUCCCGUGACCUUCCUCAUAAAAAAAUUCCUCAUCGCUUAUAAAGUAAUUUUUCCCUAUUUUUGUUCCUUCAGGUUCGAAAAUUUACUCCUCUUUCUUUCAAGUUUCCAGCUUCUCUGGGUUUGAAAAUCCUUUUUGAAACUUCUUGACAAAAUGAGAAAAUAUUACUUUAGAAGAUUGCAAGGAAACAAGGAGAGUACCAUUGUUAAUCAGUGAGAUACAGUUACGUAUAAAUCUUGCUUUCAAAGGUAGGAAUUAAGAAUAAAGAAAUAAUCCAAAAAGGAGGGGCAAAGAAAAGUUGUAAUGUUUAAUUACUCGAGAAAAUGGAAUAGGAAGUACCAUGUUCGACAACUUUGAUUCUUGCUCCGCAGAAUGCGUAAAGACGAGAACCACUUUAUUUAAUUUGCGAAAGUGACUAAGUUGCAGCCAAUUAAAAAAGAGAAAAAUACGGGAACGGAAGUUGAAACUUGUCGUUUACCUUGCUUCUUCAAACAAGGUUGAAAGCAAUAUUAAAAUGGAAAUCAGCAACUUUUAAGUGAGAAAUAAAAUGUACUUCUAUAUAUAAUAUUUAAUAUUCUUUCAAGACACGCGUCACCCUCGUAAUUGACUUGAGUCUAUUAAACGAUACUUCAGGCGAUAUUUAUGGCACAUCGUCUUGAUAACAGCGGGCAAGAUUGUUACUUUGUAAGGAUUGUCGCGCGAACAAGCUUGUAACUGGAAAUUAUAUUCCUAGAAAAAUCUUGUUAAAGCAACUCGAGCCACAGUAGGUUUUUCCAAAGCAGGACAAGUUCUGGCGAACAAGGUAGAUCGCGAAAGGAGAAAAUGGCGUUUGUGCGCAUGAAUUGUUGCUAUUUGUAAUUAUAGCAAUUAAGAGUCUUUAUUAGACAUCGAGACGUUUCUGCAACGACAUAUCCAUCUAUUAGAGUCUUUCGAUAAAUAUAGUUUUUUUUAUAAUUGAAAGGAUUACUUAAUUAGACAAGAUUGAAAAUUAAUUAAAUUGAACGAGGGGGUUAAACUCAUACGACUACCAUAACUCGUGCCCUGAAUGUAGUACACGUCUACGAUCACAGAUAUCUCUUGCAUGCAUAUUUGCAACGACUAGAAGCGCGUGGACUUCCUGCAAAAUAAUUGAAUCUGAUCGAGCUUAUUACAGGGCAUUAGAAUCUGAAAGGGGUUAACAAUGUCCAGCGAGAAUAUACGCGAAACAGUUUGAAACAAUUAUUUCUAAUAACCGUUCCCGAUGUAGCGGAAGUGGUCACGUAAACAAACGCAUUAAAGAGGUAGUUCCGAGAACGCUCCGCAUUGAACACGCCGGAACAGCAAAAUGAAAAGUUACUGUACGGCGAACUGUAAUUUCUCGAAACGGCGCGUCGCACGAAGGACCAUAACUAUAUCUGCUGUAAAGGUAUCAUCGUGGCGGCUACUUUGUUGAAAGUAAAAGCAGAAUUUUUUUUCCUGGUCUGUCGGAACGCUACGAGUUUCUAUCGGAAGGGAAAUGUCAGAGAGCAGCGACUUAAGCAACCAGCUAUGCAACUUACCCACGAUUGAAAGUGCACUUGCCUAAUCGCCGCGGCUUGUCGCUCUUCUCGCGAUUAAAGGUUCAAUUAGCGCUGGUCGAAAGCGACG